AAAUAAAUGGGAAAGAAGAGUAGUGAGGCAGAGAUUGGUGCAUUCAGCGACACAAUAAAGAAAACUCAAAAGGCUUACUUUGAUGAAGAUUGGGAAACCUUCAAGAAAUAAUUCAAGGAUCAUGACAAGAAAGAUCAUCUGCUCGAGAAUUUUGACUUGCAUGAGAACAACGCCAUUGGCGUCGCAUUUACGGUGAAAAUCCCAAACUCUUGACGGAGUUGCUAGAAAUGCUAUCUCAAGAGGAAAAGUGGGUUGCCUUGACGAAACAGAACUGUCAAGGCAACACCCUUCUUCACAAAAUCGAGUACCGAAAGAAACUGUCAAUAGUGACGGAGAUGGUGGACGUUGUGCUCGACUCCAAAGAGAAGACAGCGUCAGCUCCGCCGCCGGAGAGGCCGAAAUUGCUGGAGAUGAAAAACUCAAGAGGCAAAACGCCACUGUUCAGGGCUGCCAAGCCCGGCAACAUGAAGGCGCUGAAGUAUAUGGCCAAACAAGCAGUGGGAGACAUGGAUAUUCAUCUUUAUAGCGAUAACGAGACUAUUCUCCAUGCUUGUAUUAAUGGGCAAUAUGUUGAUGUAGCUCUUUGGAUAAUCGAUAACAUGGAUUGUAGUAGUCUAAUUCUGGAGAGUAAUAAAAGUGACAUCACGUGUCUUCAGCUUCUAGCUAGAAUGCCUCCUGCCUUUCGGAGCCAAUACCAAAAAAUGGUAUUCUUCACCAACCUCAUCUAUAAAUUUUCCAUUACCAAUGCACUUUAUGAUGAGUAA